AUGAGUACCGGCUUCCCGUCCGCUCAGCCGUACUUAAGCCACACGCCGGGAGACUCCAGGCACAGGGUAUAUGACGACUUGUCCCUGAUGGGUGAAGAAGUAUUCUCCAAUACCAUAGUCGAUGCCGCAGCCCACAGUAGAGUUGUACCCAUAAGUCCUGCUCCCUUCGGUCGGAAGCGCAUAUUCGGAUUGCGACGACUGCUCGGCAUAUAUCAAUCCAUUGUCACCAUCAUGACCUGUGGACCAAGCGCACCGUCCACAAUGGGCGGGUCCCCCCCUCCCGAUAUUCCAGUCCAUCAACGUGGUUACGAUCGAUCAUUGUCUCAAAGUAAGGGACCACUUUCUCGCGCGGCGGGAAAGGGCAAGCUCGGAAAGCCAGGACAUGCCGCGAACCGGGACCGCGACUGUCUAAGCACCCCGAAUGGCUUUGACGCCGUUUUUAUAAAUUUGCACGCGGGAGUCCAAGCCCGGGUCCUCUCUUCGCCCCCUGGGAGGUCGAAUAAGCAAUCUUGGCGGGCGAGUCUUCUGGCCCACGGCGACAUCUCGCCACAGUGCGAAUUCCUGGCGCGGCUGGCACUAACACAAGAAGUGCUUGAUGUUCCAGCCGUCCGCAUAGGCUACAUGCUAGACCGCUGCGCGCCCAGUAAGAGAUAUCAAGACCAUCCAGUUGGCCUUCUCAUCAAAAGGAGUCUGAAACCCUCCAGAUACAUGUCUAUCGCCGAAGGAUCGUCAUUGCACGGCUCCAUCACUUUCGUCACAUUAGGGUUUAGACCGCCCCAUAGCCCAAGCCUCAACCAGUGCCCGCGCCAGCUCCAACGCCUACCACAACCUGAACCACAACUCCCACCACCUCCACAGGCAAAGACGCUAUUAAAGCCGUCAUCGUCCGCUGCCAAGGCGACACCUCCCCUGAUCUUCGACAACGCCGUCCCGCCCGUGCCGGCCCUGCUCGACUUCCCCGUUGUGGUGCACCGCGUGGGCACGCGCGACAACGGCGAGUUCGGGUGCCUGGACAACCAGGCCAUCACCUACCUGCACAUCGACCCUAUCUCCGAGAUGGCGCCGCCGGCGUGGCAGGCGGGGCGGAUUGGCACCGUGAUGGUGGCGCGCAAGGACCGCAAGGAUCUGUCGCCGGAACACUACGAGGCCGUUUGGAUGUACAUCGACUACAUGCUCGAUUUCUUUGGGAAUGGGGGCCCGCCGCCGGAGCACCUGUUCAAGAAGGGAAAAGUUUGA